AUGUCCACAACUGCCCCAUCGUCAGCGUCGCCAUCGGUCGUCCGCAGCCAUUCCACAACCUCCCGACCUCCUUCCUAUCGCCCUGUUGUCUCGUCCGAUAAUCCUCACCGAACCCGAAGUGUUGCAGUUAGGCCCGCGACAGCUCAUCAAUCCUCUCCACAACACCACCAUCAUCACUCGCAGCAUUACCACUCACAUUCCCAUUCCAAAUCACAAUCUUAUGAUCGCCGGCCUCCUUCGAACCAAGCGGUAUUUGAUAAUAUAGCUCGUCGAGAUCUUGAGCACCCGGUAUCCACCCGUCGGAGUAACUCGAGAGAGCGGUCUCAGGAGCGUCCGUCUACUGCUUACCGUGCCGAGCCUCCUUCGAAUAAACAUCACCGGAACUUGUCCGUCCAGGGUCACCAGCGGGAUAGCAUCGACAUGGCUGCCGCAGGGCCUGUCAUGGCCGAGGGUGUCGCUGGCCCGCAGCAGAUUGCUUCGGGUUCGCGCCUGCACCCGGGUACUAUGCCGUCGAAGCGUCGCACGACAAUCACAACCCCGUCAGGUCAGUGGGCUCUGGGGAAAACCCUAGGAGCAGGGAGUAUGGGCAAGGUCAAGGUUGGGAAGAACAUCGAGACCGGAGAACAGGUGGCCGUUAAGAUCGUACCCAGGCAGUCGACGGAGGAACAUCGGAGUUCACGCGAUGCUGAACGCGCAGAUCGUUCGAAGGAAAUUCGGACGGCUCGAGAGGCCGCCAUUGUUAGCCUUGUGAACCAUCCAUAUAUUUGUGGUAUGAGAGAUGUGGUGCGUACCAAUUACCACUGGUACAUGCUCUUCGAGUUGGUCAAUGGUGGUCAGAUGCUGGAUUACAUUAUAUCCCAUGGGAAACUAAAGGAGAAGCAAGCGCGGAAGUUCGCACGGCAAAUUGCCGGUGCGCUGGAUUACUGUCACCGCAACAGCAUUGUGCAUCGUGACCUGAAGAUCGAAAACAUCUUGAUCAGCAAAACCGGUGACAUCAAAAUCAUCGACUUCGGUUUGAGUAACCUCUUUUCUCCAAGGAGCCUUCUGAAAACAUUCUGUGGUAGUCUUUACUUCGCUGCUCCGGAACUAUUGCAAGCGAGGCAAUACACCGGGCCAGAGGUGGAUGUCUGGAGUUUUGGGAUCGUUCUCUACGUCUUGGUCUGCGGGAAGGUACCGUUCGAUGAUCAAAGCAUGCCAAAAUUGCAUGCGAAAAUCAAGCAGGGCGUGUUCGAGUUUCCGCAGGGGCUGUCCGCAGUCACUGAAUUGGGCAUAAUGGCAGAAUGUCGCAGCAUCAUUUCGCGCAUGCUGGUUACUGAUCCCAAACAGCGCGCAAGUUUAGCGGAAAUCAUGAAUCAUCCGUGGAUGAACAAAGGAUACAGUGGUCCUCCUGAAAACUAUCUUCCACACCGUGAACCAUUGCAGCUUCCGUUGGACCCAGAAGUUAUCGAGAAAAUGACGGGCUUCGAUUUUGGCUCGCCAGAAUACAUCACCGCGCAGCUUACCAAGAUCUUAGAAUCCGAAGAUUAUCAGCAUGCCGUAAGAACAAGUAUACGUGAGCACCCGGCGCCGAAUCACGGCGAGAAAAAGCGUGGCAUGUUCGACUUCUACAAGCGGCGAAACUCGACGAGCCGAGACACCCUCUCUGCCCCUUCUGCAGAGGCUGUUCAACUGGGAAAUGAUCCUUUGAAUGCAUACAGCCCCCUGUUGUCUGUUUAUUACCUUGUUAAGGAGAAGCUUGAGAAAGAACGGGCCGAGAAAAGUCCUGGGGCUCUUGGUGUUCCACACUCAGCCGGAGACGCUAUGCUCCAGAUGCCCGACCUCCCAGCUCCGGAAGCAGCACACACGAAUCAGUAUCAAGUGCCAGGGGAGAAGGACAAUACUAGGAGGGCCCGUCCUCGAGCCAGGACCCAUGGCGACGAUGACCUCGCCGAGGGGGUUAAAAAUCUCAAUCUGGCUCCUGGACAGGGAUCUCCUGCUCCCACAGCGUCACAACCAGAAACCCCUGUGAAGAAAGAAAGCACUGCAGCGGGUAUCUUGAGGCGAUUCAGCACUCGCAGAACAAAGGAUCGCGGCCGCGAUCCAGACCGUGGCAGGGUUUCCAACCAGACACCUCAGAAGGAAACCAGGACAGGUCGCACGCAUGCCUCAAGAACGAUGUCACUCGGCCAUGCUCGCCGUGAAAGUAUACAGGCUCGUAGGGCCAGACGGGAUGCUGCUAGAGAAGCAAAUGUUCCCGAGGAGACUGAUGCAGAUAUUUCUGGCGCAGGAACUGCGCUGGAAAGUGCAAAUGAAGGGGAGGAUCUAUCGAAACCGGUGUACCUCAAGGGUCUUUUCAGUGUUUCCACUACUAGUAGCAAGCCACUACCCGUUAUUCGAGCCGAUAUCAUUCGUGUCCUUAGGCAGCUCUCCGUGGACUACGAUGAAAUCAAGGGAGGCUUUAGCUGCUGCCACACGCCGAGCAUUGAGAUAGAUAAAGUGGUUGAUGUCGGGCCCCCAAGCCCGGACCGGCAGGGCCACGUGUCUAAUCACCGCCGACGUAUCAGUUUCGGGGGGUUCCUGGGUCAUGAUGAUGGCAAGGAGGAGAUCCGACACACCCCCCGGUCCCAACGUCGAACUCGUGCUCCGGACCAUAGUUUCGUCACCAAUUCAGAGGCGUCCGAAGAAUAUCUUGCUGCACGCGACAACAAUGUGGUAGUCGGGGAACGUGUCAUGGGUGAGACUACCACGCGAGUUCAAAGCGACACCGGAGAGAACCUGGUUCUCCGGUUUGAAAUCCUUAUUGUCAAAGUGCCGCUGUUCUCUUUGCACGGUAUCCAAUUUAAGAAGGUGUCCGGCGGCAUGUGGCAAUACCGGGAGAUGGCUAAGAAAAUUCUGGACGCCCUGAAACUCUAG